CCUGAGUAGUCCAAGGGGAUUGCCCAGUACCCCGAAUUCCCAUCAACCCACACCAGGUAGCUCCCAGGGCCCCAGCGAAAAGUCCGUGAGGAGCUUGAACAUUGAAAAGGACAAUGACAUUGCCUGGGGUGGUUCCAAACGACAACUACACCGGACAGGAUCAAAAGCCGCUUUGAGAGAACAUAACAGGGGUCUUUAUCGAGAGACCAUCCAACUGAUUGCGGGCCGGGUGUUCUUUGGUUGUAUGGAGCCAGGCCAGCCCCAUAGACUGACAAUGCGACCGGAGGAGAGUGAGCGGGAAUUUUCAAAAAUGAUCACGGAGGUAUGGUCAUUGCGGCGUGCGGAUAUUCUGGGUGAACAUCAUAGGAAGGGUCAGAAUGACGAGAAACCCAAUCUAUCAGAGCACCCAAGCUCUGGCGAGGCUCGCCUGAUUCGGGAUAUGAUGGGGGAAAUUCGAAGCCAUGGCCUUAGCAAGGUCAGGGCAAUGGUUCCUAUCCUGUACAGUUUCACGGCAGACCAGGAAGCGACGGCUAAGACGGUCAAGGAACUGUUGAAAAAUGACCAGUUCACCUGCAAUAUUGCACUGGAUGGAAGAGAGAAAAAGGGCUAUCAGCGGUGGUUGGCCCCCGUGCUGAUCAAGGUGUCAACCCUCUGCCGAUAGUGGCGACCAUGAUCUGUCACAGUCUCAAUGAGUUCGAGACCGGUUCUAAAAUGACUCUCAAGUUCGACGGCAGACGAAUGAGUGGUGGGGGGAGGGUUUGUUAGGAAC